UGUUCUUCUCAAAUGCAUUGACAAGACGACGCGGUUGUCGUGAAGGAGGAAGUAACGGUGCAGCUGAGCUCGGUCGGAAUCUUUCUAUCUUCCCGGAUCUGCAGAAACACACACACACACACACACACACACACACACACACACACACACAACAGAGAAUUUAAUGUCAGAGCUCUCGAGUGAGUCCAGAAGAUUCGUGGUUAUGUUUGUCUCACUUUGCAUUUGAGGAAGAACUCGCAGGACACGAAUAAGCCAGGAACCAGGGGUGAUGUAGGUUUAAUGUGGAUCGGAUACUGGUUCAGAGCUGGAGCUCUGUUCAGACUGUGCUCUCUCUCUUAUCUCACAGUUUAAUGUCACUUAUUAUGGACGUUCGAUUCAUUUUAAUGCUGUUUAUAUGUUUUUAAUCUGCUCCUGUUUCAUUAUGGCACUCAUAAUUUUUAUUUUUCUCAGCAGAAAUGUUGAGGAAGUCAGCUCACUUUUCAUUAUAGCAUUCAUAACGUGCUCUUAUUAAACAUAUAUCUAUACAUAUUAUUUAUUGUUUUGAACCUCAAGAGGUGACAGAGAAUUUCCCCUUCACUCUUUUUUUGGAUAUUUGAAUCUGUGUGUGAAGUUUACGAUGAUUUCCUGCAGAAAUUAUGAGAACAUAAAAGUGAAAGUAAGCUCAAUAUUCAUCACUUGAACUGAACCUGAAAGACACAGAGGAGGGUUGGUUUAGUGACUGAAGCUUUGAGACAGGCAGAUAACACGCUGGUGGCUGAGCAUGUGAUCCUGUGAGCUGGGAUAACUUUCACUGGCAAGGCGGAGGUUUCACUGGAAGCUCGGCAAAACAAGUCUCCACUAGAAGACGUCUUUACAUCGAGACCAGAUGUGGAACUCGUGCCAUGUGCCAGGAUCACCACACUCACACGGGGAAGGAGGAGGCACACAGAUGACAGUAUAAAACAUGCAACAUGGGGUUGUGAUAUUUAUCCUCUGCGAUAAAACCUAAUGGUUCUUUUAAUUAUCGUCCCCUUCACUGGGUCGAUCCAUGGGGGUCUGCAGGAGGGGAAGGCGAUCACCAUCACUGGACAAGUCCGGCCUGGAACUGGCAGGUUCCAUGUGAAUUUACAGUGUGGUUCCAGCCCCGGUGCGGACAUUGCUCUCCAUUUUAACCCCCGGUAUGACGGGGACUCUUGUGUGGUUAGCAACACUUUCCAACAUGGCAAAUGGGGCGCUGAGGAGAGGAACAACAACUCCAUGAUCCCUCCUGGCUCUACCUUCUGCCUGCUCAUCACAGUCUGCCGUGAUUUCUACCAGCUGAAGAUCAACGGCUGGCAGUUUAUGGACUACAGGCAUCGUAUUCCAUUUUACCCGGUGGACACCAUCUCAGUAGGCGGGAACGUGACUAUAAACUCCAUCUCCUUCCAGAACCCCGUGUUCCCCGGAUACGGGGCCUUUCCUGUUCAGCCCGCCUUUCCUGCCUGUGUGGCGUUUCCACCUCAGUGUGGAUUCCCCCCGCAGCCAAGCUUUCCUCCUGCAAUGCCGACUGUUCCAUACAAGAACAGCAUCAAAUUCAAACCUGGAAAGUCCAUCACCAUCCAGGGGACCGUUCACCCAUCAGCCACAAGGUUCCACGUGAAUCUCAGCUAUCACUUCGGCAUCGCUCUGCAUUACAAUCCACGUUUCAGUGAUAGCAUUGUGGUUCGAAACACCAAGCAGGGGGAGCACUGGGGCAGCGAGGAGCGUGCUGGAGGGAUGCCCUUCCACCGGGGACAGCCUUUCAUGUUGACCAUCUGCUGUGAGAAUCAGUGCUUCAGGAUCCUGGUCAACGGAGCCCAGGCACACACCUACAACCACCGCGUGCCUCCGAACAAAAUUUCCUCUCUGGAGAUCGAAGGCGACAUCACUCUGACCUCUGUGGCGCUGUAGACCUGUGGCUGGCAUCUCGACGUCUUACACCGCAAAACCACAAGUUAUUGCAUCUAUCACUCACUUUGUGGUGAUCAAUUAAGAUUUGGAAUUUAUUGGAUAUUGUAUGUUCACCCUCUGCAUCUUUAAACCGUAUAUAAUCAUACGCUAUUUCGUCAAGACUGAAAGCAGUUCACCAACAGUUUGACUUGAGUCGUCUGCGGUUUGUCUGUUGUCUCACUGUGAUGUCGGUGAGGCGGGAAGUUGAAAUCACUGCACUAAAAGCAGCAACAUUGCGACAGACAAAAAAGUCCUCAAGUUCUUCUGUUGUUUACUGGAAUCCGCCUGAAUGCAGCUAGAGAGAAGUAAUUUUUUUAUUCUUUUUUUUGUCGUAACUGUUUAAUCUUUCAUGCUUUGUGAAACUGGAGAAAUUAAAGUUAAAUAUAAGAGCAUUUGUUA